UUCCAGCCAUGGCAGAAGCAGAAGAUCAAGGAAACAGUAUUUCUGCUGACUUUGUAAAACUUGUAAGCAAUGACGAACACGAGUUCAUUCUGAAGCGGUCCCAUGCUCUGACUUCUGGUACAAUCAAAGCUAUGCUGUCCUACCCGACCAGUUUCAAGAACAAAGAAAUGAGCAAAGUGCAGUUCCGGGAGAUCCCAUCCCACGUUCUCUGUAAAGUCUGCAUGUACUUUGCCUACAAGAACAGAUACACAAACAGCACUUCUGAGAUCCCUGAGUUCCCAAUCGAGCCUGAGAUCGCUCUGGAGCUUCUGAUGGCUGCCAACUUCUUGGACUGUUAACAAGGAGGAAUCUGCAUAAAGAUGGGACAAUCUGCCUUCUGCUAGUAGAACUAAGCUGAGCACACAUGAGUUUGUUAUUUGCGAUUUGAUAUAUUUGGUUCCUUACAGUGUGUUAGUUCACAGGAAAUAUUUCAUAAAUGCCGAGCACUUCAAGACUUGAAGCAUGAAUUAUGUUGUAUAUAUUCUUUGAACCUUUCUUUCCUUAUCAUAUGUUAAAAAAUUACAAAGAUGCUGAUUAAGAUAUGAUAAUUGUCUAGUUAUUGCAUUUACAAGUUUAUUUGCAAAUUUCA